AUAAACACUGUUGUGCAACCGCCGAAGAGAGUCCUCGUGCACAAGAACAUGGACAUUGCCACAGUGAAUGCUCUUCCUUAUGAGGAUUUUGUGAAUCUUUUGGGCAACGUGGUUGAGAAAUGUCCCAUUAUAACAGCUGCAGUGUGGUCAGGACGUCCCUUUUCCAACUUAACUGCCUUGGAGGCUGCGUUCAGUGAAUUCAUCGACACCCUCCCAGAAUCAGGCAAGGAGGGGGUCCUCAGGUGCCACCCGGACCUCGCGGGCAGGGACCUCCAGGGCGGCACCUUGACUCAGGAGUCUCAAGAGGAGCAGACGGGAGCCGGGAUGGACGCGUUGACCUCGGCGGAGGCCUCGCGCGUGACCCGCCUCAACGAGGAGUACAAGGAGCGUUUCGGGUUCCCGUUCGUCAUCUGCGCGCGGCUCAACGACAAGGCGACCGUUUUACGGCACCUGUCCGAGCGCCGCCACAACGAGCGCGCGCAGGAGAGGGCACGCGGGAUCGAGGAGGUGAAGAAGAUAUGUCGCCUCCGUCUUCGGGCUCUCGUGCGCGAUGACGCUCAAAACAAGUUAUGAAAAUGAUGUAAAUCCAUGAAAACUGUAGACCGAUUCAGAAAUAGAGAUAUCCUCUCCACGUCAUUGCUAUGAAACCUCUGAACCGUAUUUAUUAAAGGCAUAUAAAGGUCGAUUUUGUUUGGACUACAUCUCA